AUACCCACCAUCACUAAUAGCAUCACCAUGUGUCGAUUCAUGAUAUAUAAAGGAAGAGACUCAAUGGUCCUUUCUGAUUUGCUCACAAAACCAGCCCAUUCCAUAAUCAACCAAUCUUUUGACUCUCGACUUCGAUUAGAUAUGAGAAACCCCAUUAAUGGCGAUGGAUUCGGCGUGGGAUACUACACCAACAACAACGAGCCAUGUAUAUUCAAAGCCAUCACACCAGCGUGGAACAAUGUUAAUUUGAACAAUUUGGCCAGAUGCACCUCUUCCCAUUUAGUGUUUGCUCAUGUGCGUGCCAGCACGCAAGGAGUGCUUAGUGAAACAAACUGUCAUCCGUUCCUGGUGGGCAAGAUUAUGUUUAUGCAUAAUGGCGGGGUCAGCGAAUUUUCCAAGAUAAAGAAGAAGUUGGUUAAUCAUAUUGAAGAUCGGUUCUUUUUGUUGAUUCAAGGGGGAACUGAUUCUGAAUGUUGUUUUGCCUUGUUUGUCGACACUUUAUACAAAAUGGGCUAUGAUCCUGAAGAUAUAACCACCACAUUCAGUCAUGUUAUACUAAGACAGGCAUUGUUGACAACUAUAGAACUCAUUAAAACCUGGCAAUGUGAAGUGACUUCCGAUCCGUCAUUACUCAAUUUUGCCGCCACCGACGGUGAAUCAGUUGUGAUUUCUCGGUACAUUACGCUGAAGUCUGAUGAAGCAGCAUCACUUCAUUUCAGUACGGGGCUGAAAUUCUUUGAAUACCAACCGGGAUUAUUCAAAAUGGAAAGGUUGAAUCGGUCCCAGGAUGUUAUAUUUGUCGCUAGUGAACCAUUAACUUUUGAACGUGGCGAUUGGAUGUGUGUGCCCACUAAUACUGUGGUUACUAUAACUAAUAACAAUACCGUAUUGGUUCAUCCUAUAAUGGAUGAAUUUUACGAUGAUGUCCAUGAGAGAAACUCCGGCUUGGCCAUGUCUAAGGGGUUGAUUGGUGGAGUACCUACGAUGAGUGAGGAAGAACUGAGUCAUUCUGAAGUUAAUUCUGAAGUUAAUUCUUCCAUCGCUGACUUACCACCUUUGGAAAGAGAAGGAAGAAAUGUAAGACGGGUGAGCGAGGUGGCAUAAGCCUAUACAGCAGUAAAUCUAUGCUUGUAUAUAUAUAUAUAUAUAUGAAUAUAUAGUCAUGAAUCAUUUUUAUAAACGUUUAACCUUGGCUGGCGGCUCUGGUUAAUUGUGUUUCUUGUUCCUCUUCUUCUUCUUCCUCAACUGGUGCUUCUGGUUCGGGGUCCAUGUCAGGCAAUACGAUGAUUUCAUUAUAUUUGAAGCUUAUUGGGUCGUAUUCCUUCAUUUUAUUUCGCACAGCAUCACGACGGGAAACAAUGUCGAAUCCGCGAUUGUCAUUCAAUAAUGCCAUGUUGGAACAGUGUAGUAAUUCGGCAAUCAAUUCACAGAUUUUGAAACGUUCAAAACCUAAUGGUUCAAUUUCACCAAAGGGAGUUUUCAACUUCAAGUUAGAGU